CUGCACAACCUGCUCGAUCAGAUCGCGCAGAACGACCCAGCGGCGCGGAUCCACCUCGUGGCGCACUCGCACGGCGGAAACGUGCUGCUCAAGACCAUCGAACUGUACAUGGCGAAGCUGGCGCGGCGCCCCAAGGCGGAGUGGCACCCGGCGGUGGCGCAGCGGUUCUGGGCGGCACACCGGCGCAGCUACGAUUUAAUCAGAAAGUGGCGGCGGCUGGAGUUGUACGACUCGUGGUGGCGCUUCUUCCCCUUCCUCGUUGUGUACCGAGGGUUCAACGGGCAAAAGGUGAGCGGGGUGAAGGAGACCUACCCAUGGGCGCUCCACCAAUGGCUGGACUCCCUCCUCAACCUCCCAUCCGUGCGCCAGCGCCGCUUCCUCUCCUUCCGCCAGGCCACGUCCCCUGUCACCAACGCGCUGGGCUCUCUGGUGUUCCUGGGCACGCCGUUUUACAUCAAGAAGUGGCAGCGCCACGGCUUCGCGCGCAUGCUGCUGUCUGUGGGGGCGGGCGUGCUGCUGACGUAUCUCUUCAUUCUCGCGUACACGGCGUUGUGGGAGCUGCUCGUGCUGCUCAUGGCAGGCCGCCCGCAAGAGUUCUAUGCAGAGUCGGGCCCUCACCUCAUCCUGCUGCUCAACUUCCUCAUCGCCACGGGCAUCAUGCUGCUCUUGCUGGUCAAGCAGAUCAUGGACGCCACGGGCAACACAGUGCGGUACAGCGGCAACCUCUACCACAACCCGGCCUUCGACUGGUCGCCUGCCAUGUCCGCCCUCGUCAUUCACGCCGGCAAGCUCGAUGAGGCGAGCCUCGCCCUAUCCAUGGAGCCAAUCACGCGAGCCUACGUCUUCCCGCACCUGACAAAACUCCUGAAGCAGACCCCCUGGGCGCCGCUCCCAAAGCCCCCCACACGCUACGCCCCCCAGCGCGUGUGGUGGGCGUACCUGUGUCACUGCAUGGUCGUGCUCGUGUGGGACAUUCUCUUCUUCCUCCCUGCAGCCGUCUUGUCCCUCUUCUCGCACCUCAUCGCGCCGCUGGUGACCGGGUGGAUUCAGCAGGCUGUGGUGGCGGUCAGCUUUGGGCUGUCUCCGGGGGACCUGAGUUAUGCAUACGUGUAUGUGGACGAGAAUUUGGACAUGGAGCUGGCCACGCAGCAAGUCGACCACUGGAACGUGCAGAAACUGCUGGCGGAGGCAAAGACCAAGUCGCUAAAGGGCGAGCUCAUGCCCGGCGAUGACCCAUCUCUUAUCAUCACCCUCCCCGUCUCACUUCUGACCGUCACCAUAUCCCACCCCUUCCUCUCUCAGAAACUGCUGGCAGAGGCAAAGACCAAGUCGCUCAAGGGAGAGCUCAUGCCCGGCUAUGAGGACGACACCGUGGAGCAACCCGAUUGGCUGGAGCCGUCCCCUGCCGCCCAUCGCCGUGACCGCACGCCUGUUUUUGACGGCAGCAGCACCGGCACUGCCACUGUGCAGCAGCAGCCCGAGUGGCUCAAGCUGCCCCCUGCUGCCACUGUGCAACCCCCCUCGUGCGAGGAGGGUAGUGGAAGUGGGGAGGGAGGCGGAAACGAGGGGGCUGCUGCGGUGAGGAAGAGCACUCACAGCGUGUUCCGGAGGCGACGGGGGGCGCGAGGGCUGCUGCUGAGGCGCACAGGCGGUGCGCGGAGCAAGGAGGGCAGCAAGGGAGGGCGGCUUGGGUGCCUGGCAGGUGGGACAGAAACGGGUGAGGGAGAAGGGGAUGGGGACGGGGAGAGUGAGAGUGCAGCUGAGAUAGUUUCACCUGGUCCCGGUCCUGUUUCAUCCGGUGCUCCAUCUGGCGCUGCUCCCACUCGUGCUGGCCCCGGUCCUGCCGGUACAAGCACUGCCAGGGACCCGCGUGAGAAGCUGGCCUUUGAGUUCCUCUGGGAUGACCGGGAGCUCUCCAAACUAGCCGAGCAGUCGCAAACGUUCCAGCGCCUCAAGUCCCAGCUCCCCACCAUGGGUCGCAACCCUCGGUUGAGCGACAGGGAGUUUGAGCGGCAGUUGCAGCAGCUGUGUGUGCUGAUCGAGGAGCGCGUGGGGGAGAUUACAGGGCGCUGUGAUUUGAAUCACGGGGCGUAUUUCCGGGAUCCGAGGAUUUUGAGAGUGGUGGCGCAUUUUAUUGAGAAGCGGGAGCUUCCGGAGUGGUCUAAGAAUGUGGACGGGGAUAUAUGGCGGUGGAAUGAGCAUUUGAAUGAGGUGCACUCGCUGCAGCUGCUGCAGAUGUCGCAGAGUGGCCGGGGAGGAUUGGGAGGUGAUGGAGGGGCGGAAGGCAGUGGGGCGUCUAUUUGUCCAGAGUGUAAAGGUGCUUCUGCUAGGCUGAAGGCGCUCUUUAGGAGUAUCCGGGGGGGGAGUCAGAGGGAAGGGGGUCAGAGGGAGGGCGGAGGGCACGGGUUUUUGAGCGGCCAUGCAGUGCACUUUCCACACAUGCCUGAUUUCGCCAGUGGCGCACGCAGCUUGCAUCUACCGCACAUGCCUGACUUGGCCAGUGGUGCUCGGAGCUUGCAUCUUCCACACAUGCCUGAUUUUGCCAGCUUUGGCCAUCACAAGAGCAAGGCAGUGGGAUUUGGCACUCCUGCUGCUGCUGGUGGCGGCACUGCUGCUGCUGCUGCUGCUGCUGCUGCUGUUGCUGCUGCUGAUGCCGCUGCUGCUGCUGCUGCUGCUGCUGCUGCUGCUGCUGCUGCUGCUGCUGCUGCUGCUGGAGUUUCACGAACUCCUGACAGCCACAUGGAGAGGGCGGGCAGCAGUGGGCAGCAGGCACGGCGGCUGAUGAUGCAGCGAUCAAUGCCGGUCUCCCAUAUGUGA